AUGGCAUCACAGAUGGGCAAGGAAGGUGCUUUUCAAGCGCCUCAGGCACCGCAAAGUCAGAAGAAACCGGGACUUGAAAAGCAUAUGGUCCCUCCCAGCGAAGCGACGAAACUGGAGUCAAGUGGUCACUUUGUUGAGUAUGUAGGCUCUGGCAAAUUGAAGGACAAGAAGGUCCUCAUCACCGGCGGAGACUCCGGGAUUGGCCGAGCUGUUGCCAUUCUGAUGGCACGCGAAGGGGCCGAUAUCACCAUUGUCCAUCUUCCUGAAGAAAAGGAUGACGCUGAACAGACCAAAAGAGCCGUUGAACUCGAGAAGAGGUCAUGUCUACUUAUCGCUGGAGACCUCAGGGAUCACAAUACGUGUCGAAGGGCCGUGGAGGAACAUAUGAACAAGUUCCAGAGACUGAACGUCCUGAUCAACAAUGCCUCAAAACAGUAUAUGAAUAAGAACUUCGCGGAUAUCGACCUGAAUAAGGUGGAGGAUAUCUUCCGGACCAACAUCAUCCAGAUGAUGGCUCUGACGAAAUAUGCUCUGCCAUUCCUGUCAAAGGGCGACUCGUCAGUAUUCCUCGAUCUGCAGUGUGCGCAAUUAACUCAUCGUUCUUAUAUCAAUAGCAUUAUAAACACCACAUCUGUCGUGACCUUCCGAGGUUCAAGCAGUAUGGUGGACUAUGCGGCCACGAAAGGUGCCAUUGUUGGGUUCACCAGAUCUCUAGCGUCUCAGCUGCUUCCCAAGGGUAUUCGAGUGAAUGCUGUUGCCCCUGGUGCUAUCUACACCCCGAUCCAGGCCGACACCAGGGACGCUGAACAGAUGGCCAAUUGGGGCUCAAAGACUCCCCUGGGUCGACCGGGUGAGCCAAGUGAAGUAGCGACUACUUUCGUGUUUCUUGCCAGUGCCGACGCUUCGCUUUACUACGGGCAGGUCAUGCAUUGUUAUCCCUUGGGUGAUUAA